AUGUCUUCGGCUUCCACUACGGCCAAGGAAUUGAAUGAGAGAAUUCAUAGCCUCAAAUCCAUGAUGAGUAGCUUGCAAAAUUCACCUCUCAGUACUCACAGCAGCAAUGGUUUAAUGAGCAGCAACAACACGAGCGGUGUUUCCAUCUCUCAGAAUUAUCAAAACACUGUUCCAUCCUCCUCAAACGUUCGUUUUUCCAUGUCGGGGUUUGGAAGUAGUGUUCCUUCUGCGGGAGGUAGUAACCUUACACCAGCAUCAUCUGCUUCCAUGUAUCAUACAAACAAUAAUAACAUGAUCAACUCUCAUCAACAGCACCCUCAGAUGAUGAAUCAAUCCUUAGAGAUGCCAACUCUCAGCUCUACUCCCUCCAUGAUGAUGAUGAUGGAUCAGCUUCCCUCUUGGUCUUCUCUUUUAAUAGAGGACGAUGAAGUCAAACUCUUGCGAGAAAACAAUCAGAGAAUGUACUCUAAGAUUGCUCAACUACAAGACUCGUUAAACACCUAUUCGGCUAAGCUGCAAUUUGCCAAUGAGCAACUUCGAGAUGCUGAGCAAAAGUUGCGCGUGACCAGAGUGGAGCUUGACCAAGAAGUUGAUAAAAGGCGAAUGAGAGAGCGAGAAUAUCAAGAAGAAGCUCGAAAUUUACAUAAUCAAAUUGAGGAACUUCAAUCCCAGUUAGAGUUGAGUGAGCACAAAGAAAAAAAUUUACUCGAAUCGAAGGAGGCUCUCGAAAAGAUCAAUAAGGAUUUAGAGAGAACGAAUAAGGAGAAGAACCAACUCAUUGCAGAAUUGAAUACGGUUGUUGUAUCCAAAAAGACUGAAUGCGAACAACAUUUGGAUGAAGUUCAUCAACUAAAAUCUCAGAUCGCAAACCUUUCAGAAGAAUUGAAUGAAGAAAAACGAAACCAACAAAAAUCACUGGAGAAUCAUAGAAACAUUCUCAAAGAUACUCAGGACAAGUAUGAAGAGAAACUGACCAAGCUGGCCAAGCACAUUGAAAAGGAGAAAGCACGACACUCUCAAAUUAUGGCUCAUUUCAAAAAGCAAAUUUCUGAUUUGGAGCAACAAGUUGCCCUCUUUGACGAUCUUCAACAAAAGAACCUGGCUCUUUCAUCACAAUUCCAAAAUUCUGCCCAACGCGAAAAGUUCUACAAGUCUAAAAUUGACUCUCUGCAAAUAGCUUUGAAUGAACAGCAGACACAAACAGCUCUCAUGCAGCAAACCUUAAUGCAUUUGAGUAAGGAGAAGGAGAAUCUCCUUUUGUCAGAAAAGCGCCUCAAAGACGAAAUUGAGGAUGUAAAUAGUUUAAUGGAGUCCAAAGCAGAAAAAUUCAACAAGGAAAUUCAAAAAUUGGAAAGGACAAACGUGUUGCAACAACAAAAAAUUCUUCAACUUCAGUCAACAAUAACGUCGAUGGAAGCAAAACUUGGAAAGUUUGAGAGUGAAAAGGAAAUCAUGUUAGCCCAGUUUGGAGAACAAUUAUUCGAAAAACAAGAAGAUCUAAACGCUUUACGUCGAUCCUUUGAAAAUGCUGAACGAGAUAAGCAAGCACAAAUUGAUAGACUUGCUAAAGAGCUCGAUGAAAAGAAUGUGAAUCUCUUUAAUCUCAAUCAAGCUUUCAAAACGAAAAUGUCUCAAUAUGAAGAAAUUACAGAGUCGAUGAAGGAGCAACUCGAACAGCAAACAAACAAGGAAAGUCAAGCUGAAGCUAGAGAGGAAAUAUUUGUAAAGAAACUCGAAGAAAUGCAGAAUAGAAUCAGCUUUGUUGAGGGCGAGAAUGAACUGUUGAAAGAAAAGCUCGAGCAAUACAAUGCCAUUGUAGAGAGAAUGAACAAGUUGACCGAAGAAAAUGAGCUCUUACAACAUCAUGUCAAUACCUUGCGAGUAGAUAACCAAAGCCUAAGGGAUACAGUGGACUUUUAUCGUGGUCAAAAUAUUACAAGCGCAAGACAAGAAGACGAAAUGAACAGAGAUACUUCCCUUACCUAUAUUGAACCAGUCAAUAAUAAUUCCAAGUUAAAUGACAGUGCAUUCCUCGCGGAUGAUGAUGACGUGGAAUUCCAGCUCAACAAUGAAAAAUCUGUAGGACAUGACAAGAUACAUCAUACAAUCCUUGUAAAUAUCAACAAACCUUCGACUGAACAGGACGAGGAAGAGGAGGACAAUGACGCAAAAAGUGAUGCUGCUUCCUCAGAUUCCAAUGAACUCACAAGAGCAAUGUUGGACAACGACGAGGAAAUUGGUGAAAAUACCCAAGAAGAGGAUAGUGAGGGUUCUUUCGCUCAUGUUGACGAUGAAGAAGUUGACAAUGAAAUCGAAGAACUGACCAGACCGAGAAAAUUAACCAAUCUUUCGCCAAAUUCCUCGUCGGAAAAUUAUCUUACCUCUCAACUCUCCACGUUGAGAAAGAGUGUUGCCUUAUCUGAUGAUGCUUAA